CCUUGCUUCUGUCCCUUGUUCUCCCUCUCUUCUCGCUGCUACCUUUGCCUUGUUCUAUCCCAUCCCUCUUCUUAGCCCGUGCUGCUGAAAUCACAAGCAUCGUCGCCAUGAGUGAUCCUGCUCCGACUUUCGACAUUCCUAAGGAGUGCUGGGGUGGUGUUGUGAAAAAUGAGGGACCCGACUUCUACAUCGAGGUAGAGAAGGUACCUGUACCUGAAAUCGGUCCUAAUGACGUCCUGAUCAAACUCAAUGCCACUGGCCUCUGCCUGAGCGAUGUCCACUUUAUGCUGAACGACUGGAAUCUCCCCAAGAUGUCUGAGCUGGGAGUCAAGUGCGCCGGGCACGAAGGAGCUGGAGUCAUUGUCAAGGUUGGCGAGAACGUCAAGGCAUACAAGGUUGGCCAGCGGGCAGGCUUCAAGCCCAUCCAAGACGUCUGCCACUCCUGCGACUACUGCAAGACCGGCAGGGAGACAUAUUGCCACAAAGCCAUCUACACGGGCGGCCAGUGUGAUGGGUCAUACAAGCAAUAUGUGGUCUCGCCAGAGAACUAUACCACGGUGAGUUUGGAUUCAGGUGGAGUGUCUGACUAUGUCGCCGGCCCCGUGAUGUGCUCCGCGUCUACAAUUUAUUCGUCGCUCAAGGAAUCGGAUCUCAGACCGGGUCAAUGGGCAGUCUUCCCUGGUGGCGGUGGGGGUGUAGGUAUCCAGGGCGUUCAACUAGCUUCUGCAAUGGGCAUCCGACCGAUCGUAGUAGACACCGGAGACGAGAGGAAAAAGCUUGCGCUGCAUUUGGGAGCUGAACAUUUCGUCGACUUCAAGGAGGAGGCAGACCCUGUGAAGAAGGUCCUCGAAUUAACCGGAGGAGGAGCCCACGGCGUCAUUGUGACCGCUGUACAAUCGUACCCCAUUGCGCUUGACUACCUCGGUGCUCGCGCAGGUGGACAAGUCAUGUGCAUUGGCAUCCCUCCGCACGGAAAGUACCACAUCGAUCUGGACCCAUCGAAGCUGGUUUUCCGCAACCAGUCCAUCAAAGGAACGCUGGUCAGCAGUCUGGCUGAUAUCGACGAGACACUAGACUUUGCCAAACGAGGCAAGCUUCGACUCGAGCCCACCGUGGUAGGGUUGAGCAAGUUCAACGAAUCCGUUCAGAAGCUCAAGAAUGGACAAGUAGCUGGGCGAAUCGUGGUGGACUUCAACCUGCCGUGAUGAACCUCCAUCCCCGAUGCAAUGUCGGCUCUGAGCGAGCUGGGAAAAGAUUGCAAGUGCCAAUUUUCGGAUGGGGGAGGUCUAGAUCGUAGCUGGGAGGGAGCUUGGUGGGAGACUUGAAACCAGUCUGCUGGCGAGACUAUUGGCUGCAGUUUCUAUUCCGAGGACCUGCGAACGCAGCAGCGAUGGGCGCAUAGAGGGGAAGCUACGACUCCGUGGGGUCACUCUGCAGCAGUAAAAGUAG